UCUUAAUAUUCACCUCCUUCAGCAAAAGUGAGAAAUGUGUUUUUAUUUUAUGCAGUGUCCUGGGACCUCCGAAAUCUACUGAGAAUGAUGAAUACCUUGAACAGUAGCAAUGUGAUGACCGUGGAGACAAGGAGAAACCAAGAAGAUCAAAAGAACAUGAACUCAUUUCAAAAGAAAAUGUUUUCUACAUCAGAGUCUUCUGAGACUGGUGAGAAAUUGCGGCAAACUUCCUCUCUAAAGUCUGACACUGAAUGUAGUUCUAAAAACCUUUCCUCCUUAGCCAUUACAAAUAGAUGCCAAGAUACAAAGGACGAGACCAAAAAAACUGACAAAGAGCAUUACCAAAGAAAGAGGGAACAUUCUCCUACUGAAGAGAAGGAGAGUCAAAAAGACGGUCAUUCCAGCAAGAGAAGGUGCUCUCGGAGUGCGGAAGUUGUUAAGCAAAAGCGUCACAAGCAGGAGCAUUGUGAGGGAAGCAGGUACAGAUCUUUCCAUAGUGAAAGAAACAGCCCUGAUAAUGGCAGAAGACCAGUAAAAUAUUCAAAGUACAGAUCUCGAAGCAGAGGAAGAUCAGAACAAGAUAGCAAUAGAUAUGACCAUUGCAAAGGGGAAGGAAGUUGGAGCAGAGAAAGAUACUAUCGAGAUGAACCACGGAGAUGGGAAAAACGUCGACAUUACAAGGAUUACUAUUCACCUCAUGCAGCAGGAGACAGUAGAGAGAGAAAGUUCUCUGACGCUGAUAAAGGCUUUGACAAAUUGACUCAAACUUCCUCCAGCAGGUCACAUAAGCGUUAUCAUCACAAAAGCAGAUGGCCUCACGGUUCCCUCUUGAGAGAGGAAGGUGUACGUCACUUUAGCACACCCAGAGCAGACUCACAUCGUUGCUCAGUACCUCAGCAACAUUCUGGAAAACAUUCGUGUGAGAGACAUGCACUUCCACCUGUGUCAGCUCAUUUGGAGAACUGUCGCCAGACAAAGGCAAAAGAAGGAAACAGAAAAAGACAAUAUACUCGUGCAGAAGGUAGUGGAAGUGAAAUAGAAAGGAAACACAGAAAGAUAGAAAAGGAGCUUUUAGGUGGUGAAAACAUGAAAAAGUAUAAGAAGUUCUAGAAGAAAAAGAAGUCUAAAGAUAAACACGGAGAGAAGGAUUCCAAGUAAGCAGGGAUCCCAGCAUAAUCAGCAUUUUUUUUCCUAAUCCUUUUCUGGGUGCUUCUCAUGUUUUGUUUUUCUUUUUUCAUAGUUUCUAAGUUAUUUAGAUAGCAUAAUCUGGCUGGGGAUCAUGACUGGGGAUCAUUAGGUUGAUCAGUGAAGAUAGGAAAGAUAUUGCUGAAUUGUGUCAGAGCACUAGCUUUGGACCACGUAGUUGGAAUCACAUCUGCACGCCAUUCUGGAUUAGGUUAAAACAUUUUUUUUUUUUUACUUGCACAUAUUCCCGAGCUAGCCAUUGUUAAUGGUCUGUGUACCAAGCAGGACCUAUGGUCCUUCAAUCUGAGGGCUUAAGUUUGCUGCAUCUAAAGGAAGUUACAUGUGCACAAAGUACCACAAAAUAGCUGACAUGCUGCAAACGAUACCUUUCUCUCCCACACUUAAGGUGUUUAUAAACGUUGAUAAGAUCCCCUCUCAGUCUUCUUUUCUCAAGGCUGAACAGAAAAGACAAAGCUCACAAAAUAGCUGACAUGCGGCAAAUCAUCCCCUGUGGUAAAAUAAAUAAAGUUUCAUAUAUGCAACAAGUGCCA